GAAGAUAGCUACGAGUUUUUCCUGGUGACCAAAGAUGGUGUCACACAGCACAUCCGGAAUCUGGGCUCAGAGCCUGUAGAUCAUUACGCCUCAGAAGUUGAAUAUUUUGACUUGCAGGACUACAGAGGCUCGGCUGAUGGCCUUUCUCAAGGCGAUGUAGUUUUGUUUCUUAUGCCUUUGAGAAAUGCCGAAGCAGUAUUGCCCAUGGCUUUCUAUAACCUCAUGAACUUGACCUACGACCAUAGUUUGAUCGACAUAGCGUUUUUGGUAUCCGACUGCUCGCCAGACGACAGGACAUUGGAAACAGUUUUUGACUACUCUGUUUCCUUGCAGAACGGAACAUUGGUAGACAAGUUAAGAGCAGAGGACGAAGAAAGAAAGAAGAGUGAUGUUCGUGGCUCAUCUGACUUAUACAAAAACUACAUGGACAAGAACUAUAUGGAUGGAGUCCGUAGAGCUUAUCUGAAUCCCGAACAUCACAAGGGCUAUAGAAAGCCGUUCAGAUCGGUGUCGAUCUUCAAGAAGGACUUUGGUCAAAUCAUUGGCCAAGGCUUCAGCGAUAGACAUGCUGUUAAGGUCCAGGGUAUUCGUCGUAAGUUGAUGGGAAGAGCCAGAAACUGGUUGACUUCAAGUUCUUUGAAGCCGUACCAUUCAUGGGUCUAUUGGAGAGAUGUGGAUAUCGAAACAUGCCCCGGUAAUGUGAUCGAAGAGUUGAUGCAACACGACUACGAUGUGAUGGUACCUAAUGUGUGGAGACCUUUACCCACUUUCUUGGAUGAGCAGGAACAGGCCUAUGACUUGAACUCGUGGAUAGAAUCAGACCCAGCAUUGGAAUUGGCCAAAAAAUUGGACGAAGACGACGUAAUUGUAGAAGGGUACGCCGAGUAUCCAACAUGGAGAGUACAUUUAGGAUUUAUAAGAGACGCCAAUGGAAAUCCUAAAGAAGUAGUCGAUUUGGAUGGUGUUGGUGGGGUGUCGAUAUUGGCACGAGCCCAGAUCUUCAGACAGGGAGUUCAUUUCCCAGCGUUCACAUUCUUGAACCACGCCGAGACAGAAGCAUUUGGUAAGAUGGCCAAAAAAAUGGGUUUCAGAGUCGGCGGUUUGCCGCAUUACACUUUAUGGCAUAUCUACGAACCAAGUGAAGAUGAUCUUGAGAAAGUCUCCAAGUUGGAAAGAAAGAAGAGGAGACAGAGGUGGAAGAUCUCCAGCUGA